AUGGCUACUGAGCAGAAACUCGCAGUCACAUAUGGCGGCAAAGAACGAGUAGAGAGAACCAUCGAAGUCUUGACGCCCGCUUUCCGUGGCGAUCCCGUCUACACAUGGUUCUUACACACAUUCGACUCCCAAAAGCACGAGUCGGUGCUCCCCAGGCUCUUCCGCGGCUUUUUCACACAGUGCGCACUCAACAAAGGCAUGUUCAUCGAAGUGGGCGACUUUGGUUGCUGCGGUCUUCUUAUGCCGCCAGGGGCAGGAGUUGAGAACCCCUGGACAAUGCUACAGGCACGGAUCCUACCCGCGCUUUGGAGCAUCGGCGCGGGGGUAUUUGUGCGUGCCCUGUUCGAAUACGCCCCCGCUGCUGAAAGAAUGAUGGAACAGGUGUUCACCAAGGAAGAGAUGAAGAAGCACUGGUAUGUGUUUAUUAUGGGCACAUCUGUUGAUCGUCAACGACAAGGACUUGCCAGUGCCUUACUUGUGGAUAUGCAAGAGCGGGGUAGAACUGAUGGGAGACCGCUUUGGCUAGAGGCCAUAACGAAGUCAUCGUUAGCUCUGUACCUGAAGCAUGGUUUCCAAAACCAUGGUGAGAUCAUCCUAGGGAAGGGUAAGGUUGGCCGCGAUGGUCUGCCAAAGAAGAACGGCGAUGGUAUCGUGAUUUGGUCGAUGUCAUGGCGGCCAUGA